AUGAGAUCAUAUGCAUAUUUAUUGGCUUCAGUGUUAGCCUUCUUUAUGGCCAUUGCAUCAGCUUUACACAUUGAAGUUGCAUCCCUGCAAAAUCCAGCACCAGUGUGUAUCCGUGAUUUUGUUCAAGAAGAACAAUUGGUUGUUGUCAGCAUAAAAACAGAUGGAAAAGUUGGUGAUGGUCAAAGAUUGGAUUUACAUAUUGUUGAUCUGAUUGGUAAUGAAUAUAGAAGAAAAAAUGAUAUUGCUGGUACUCUUAAAGUUGCUUUCACUAGUCAUCAUAAUGCUGCAUUUGAUGUUUGUUUCACUAAUUUCCUUGAUCGUAAAUAUAAUGAAAAUAACAAAGUAUUUAGAGAAGUUGAAUUAGAAAUUGAAAGUGGUUCUGCUGCUAGAGAUUGGAAUGCCGUUCAAGCUGCUGAAAAACUUAAACCUGUUGAACUUGAAUUACGUAGAGUUCAAGAAUUGACUACUGAAAUUGCUAAUGAAUUACAAUAUUUAAAGGGAAGAGAAGAAAGAAUGAGAGAUACUAAUGAAUCCACCAAUGCUAGAGUUCAAUGGUUCUCAAUUGGGGUUAUAAUUUCUUUAGUUGGAUUAGGUGUUUGGCAAAUUCAAUACUUGAGACACUACUUUAAAAUUAAACACAUCAUCUAG